UCCGGAUCCAAGCGGUCUUCUCGGUGGAAAGUUCCUGGUUGUCCCAUUGUUUGUCUACUUGGGUUGAUUGCGUUCGUUUGAACACCUGCCGAAAUGAACCGCUUGUUUGGCAAGUCGAAGCCUAAGGCGCCGCCCCCGAAUUUGACGGACUGCAUCGGCACGGUGGAGGGCAGAGCAGAGUCUAUUGACAAGAAAAUUUCUAGGCUUGAUGCAGAAUUGGUGAAGUAUAAAGAUCAAAUGAAGAAAAUGAGGGAGGGGCCUGCAAAGAACAUGGUAAAGCAGAAAGCUCUGAGGGUGUUAAAACAGAAGCGAAUGUAUGAAAACCAAAGGGAUAACCUUGCCCAGCAAUCUUUCAAUAUGGAACAAGCUAAUUAUACCAUCCAGUCUCUGAAAGAUACAAAAACAACGGUUGACGCCAUGAAAUUGGGAGUAAAGGAAAUGAAAAAGGCUUAUAAACAAGUAAAAAUUGAUCAGAUUGAGGACCUACAAGACCAGUUGGAAGAUAUGAUGGAAGAUGCUAGUGAAAUUCAGGAAGCACUUGGACGUAGCUAUGGAACUCCAGAAAUUGAUGAAGAAGACUUGGAGGCAGAAUUGGAGGCACUCGGUGAUGAACUCCUUGCUGAUGAGGAUAACUCCUAUCUGGACGAAGCUGCAUCUGUUCCAUCAAUUCCAGAGGGUGUGCCAACUGAUGCAAAAAACAAAGAUGGUGUACUGGUGGAUGAAUUUGGACUGCCACAGAUCCCUGCAACAUAACAAGUUCAUUGGAAGCACUGUUUCUCAUCUUACAAAUUUCUAAACGAAAAUAUUUGAGGUGGAGGAGAUCUUAGUUUUCCAGUACCACUCCAUAUCACCAUGUUAUGAAAUAUGGAGUGAAUGAUGACUGUUGAUUCCUCUCCUUUGAACAUAUUUUAUUACUAGUUUUUCUAUUAACAGCAAGAUAUUGAGACUACUCUUUCAUUCACUUGUAGUCAUUCAAUGUUCCAAGAUUUGGCUUCAUCAGUGUUGUAGAAGUAUUACAUUUGGGGCUAUUUAUAGUUUCUUUUCUUUUUCUGGACAACAAUGGGUGGUUGUGAUGCUUUAUGUUCAAAUAACUUUAUUGUGCUUGCUUUGAUUAUGCACAUGCUAUAGGAAUACUUCAAUUUUGAUUUUAUUGCUAAUGGACUAUAUCCAAAUGUAGUCAUAUUUAGAUUGCAAAUCAUUGGAACCUAAUUAGUCCAUUAUUUCAAUGGGUCUUCUCUGACUAAAUUUGGAUCCAUCCCUAUUUAUUUGCUAUAGUCAUUAGUGUAGUUGUUUAACAAAUAUAUGCAAAGAUUACUGUGUAUAAUCUAUUUGACAUAAAUCAUAUACCAUAUAGGGUAGCUUGAUCUUUUUGUGUGGUAUCUUUCUAACACACAGUUCUUUUUGUCUCUGUUACUAGAAAAGGCCAAACUAUAAACUUCUUUAUUGAUCUUCA